AUGAAGGAGGAGAUGAAGGAGGAGACGAUGGAAUCGUCGUGGUUUGAGUCCAUUUCGGACUACGAGGACGAAACGACCUUCUGCAACAUCCAGUCUGGCGUAGAGUCGCCUCAGCUUCCCAUCCAAGACGAUGGUGAUGGUACUGGCCUCUCCGCCGUGAGCGGCGAGUCGUGGGUUGGAAUCUCGGCCGCGGCCGCGACGACCUCGCUGCCUCAUGUUGCGCAGCCCAUGAUGCCCCAGUCGCCUGGCCUGCAGGCCGAUCUUGCCCUGGACGCCUCGUGGGCAAGACUGCACCUACCGCCCAUGGGAGAUUUCCAAGGCAACUUCGUGGGCGCCGCCGCCAACAACGGCCAGACGGCCCAAGGACUCUACGCCUACCAGUUCCCAGUGUCGGCAGCAAACACGUCCAUGAUGCACCAGAGCGGUCUUUCGACUCCGCCUUCGGAAUCCAACGCCGUGGGUAUUUCUGGUCACUCAUUCUAUCCGCCCCAUGAAUCUUUCGACGCUCAGGCGACGAUGGUUUUCUCAGAUGGAGACCAUGAUCAGCAACGCCAGGACCAGCACCUGUCCAUCUUCGACGGCCACACUAAGAGUUGGCUUUCGAGUGCCGUUGCCGCCCACUUUCUCCCAGAGACCGCCUUUUCGCAGUCCGCGGCGCUAGAGCUCAUGCCCGUCCCAGUCAGCGGCGCUCCUCCCAUGUCGUCCCGGCUUGGAACUCCGUCCCUGUCACCUCACGAGCUGCAUUAUUCGGACGGCUCGCCUGUCGACUACGCGUCUGACGGCUCAGAUGCGGCCUCUUCGCCUGUUGCAACAGCCUCGGUGUCUUCCUCGGGUUCCAACUACAACCAUGGAUCGGUGAUGGCCACAGCCAGAGCCAGAAGGGCUGCCAGACGCAACACCCUGGCCCUUCGCCGCUCCUCGCGGACUCGCCUCCCGAGCAUUGCCCCAGCUAUGCUGCAGGGCACGACUGAGCAAGACCACGGAGCUUCUUACAGUGGCAUCGGCAUCGAAGCCGCCGGCAGCAAUGUAUCCCUGCCAUCGGGAACGACCACGACGACUACCCCCCGGCGCCGCAGGACCUCGUUCCGGUUCCACUACACUCAGCAGCAGCAGCAGCAGCAGCAGAACCAGAACCAGCCGCAGCAAUUUGCUUCGUCGCUUGACGCGAUCACCAGCAUCUGGUCGUCCGGAGUGAAGCCUCCCGGAGCACCGUACCAGUACGUCAACCAGAUGGACGCAGAGAGCCUCGAGUUCUUCGAGCGCACUCUCCUCGCGGACCGCGACGACUCUCUCCGCGUCAAGGUGCCCUUCAAGAUGAUCCAGCACAAGCUCCGCCACGUCUUUUGCGGCGCCCAGGAGACACUCCGCGGCCAUCACCGCCGCCUGGUCAAGCAGCCAUCCCAGCGCGUGCGCAAGCCCGUUUGGCACGAAGUUGACGUCAAGCUGCUCCGCCGGGCCGUCGACUCGCCCCGCUGCAAGUUCCCCAACGGCAAGAUCAGCUGGCGCGCCGUCAGCCAGUACAUCUCGAGCAGCGGCGGGACCUACGACUUUGGCAUCACGACCUGCAGCCGCAAGUGGAACGAGCUCACCGGAGGAGCAGCAGCAGCAGGCGGCGCCGCCGUCGACGAUGACGAAGACGACGAGGACCAGUAA